AUGCAUCAGCAGCACAUGGAUCUCCAUGCCGCAGUGGACCUCAACAAGUCCCUGGAUGAAAUGACGCCGGAGGAGCGAAUGCGGGCCGAUCACCAGUUGAUGAUUGAGAAACACAAGGGCCAUGAUGCUAUGCACUCAGAAAUGGUUAUCAUAUUGUUUGUGACUUUAGUCAUUGCCCAAAUUAUAUUGGUCGAAUGGAAGAAGCGGCACUACAGAUCCUAUGCAUUUGUCACACUGCUGGCCAUGUGGCUAAUCCCGCUAGUUAUCUCCUGCAGCUUUCUCUGGGUACGAUUCAUUAUUAUCUGGCUGAUAUUCACCUGCAUUACGGCGCUAGUAAUGCGCCGGGCCACAACAAAACCCAUACAGGGCACAACGCCCAGGCUCGUUUAUAAGUGGUUUUACUUUAUCUACAAAUUGAGCUAUGGCCUCGGCAUUAUUGGCUAUCUGGUCAUAAUGGCCGCCUUUUUUGGCAUGAACUAUAUAUUUUCACAGCCGCCCAAUAUAUGGAUGGAUGUGGGUCUCAUGUUCUGUUUCUAUGGCCUCUAUAUUGGCGUACUGGGUCGCGAUAUAUCCGAAAUAUGUUCAGAUAAAAUGGCAGCAGCCAUAGGUUACUACACGCCGCAGGGCAUGCCCACACGACAUCUGGACCAGAAUGUGUGUGCCGUGUGUGGCAAUCAGUUGCUGGUCUCUGAAAAGGAAGAGGGUGUCAUCGAGAACACCUACAAGUUGUCGUGCAAUCAUGUGUUCCAUGAGUUCUGCAUACGAGGCUGGUGCAUUGUGGGCAAGAAACAGACGUGUCCCUACUGCAAGGAGAAGGUCGAUUUACAGAAAAUGUUUCGCAAUCCUUGGGAGAAACCUCAUGUACUCUAUGGCAGGCUACUGGAUUGGAUUCGAUGGCUCGUCGCAUGGCAGCCGCUCAUAUUCUUCAUAGUACAAGGCAUCAAUUGGAUGCUGGGCCUAGAAUAGGCGAACAAAACUAACUGUCCAAUGGCGUCUAGUCCAGCACAUCGAUUGCCUAACACCCAAUGUGCUUUACACUAACCAAAACAACCAAACAACCAAGCACCAACAAGACCAACUAUUG